AACAGCCCUCUGUCUCCCAAGGCAAAUGCUUUCAGUAUCGCCUCUCUGAUUUCAGUCGCUGCCGCCGCCGAGCAAGCAGGGAAGGGAGCGCUGGAGGAGCGCAGCGGCGGCCGCAGCGCGCCCGCCCGCCCCGGCUGCCGCUCGCAGAAGAUGCACUUCAGCACCGUCACCAGGGACAUGGAAGCUAUCUCCAGCCCCUGGCUCACCCAGCUGUCCCAUUUUUGCGAUGUUGCAGCUUUCACGGCCAACAGCCUGAGCAGCCUGAACGCCUCCGGGGGGUACCACCUCUCCCCCUCCCCGGGGGACCCGUACGGACAGCAUGAGCCACCGCACUACGAGCCCUGCACGGCUCAGCAGCACUCGCACCCGCCGCCCCAGCCCCAGCACGGCUACCCCUUCGGCGGGGCGGCGGCGGCGGCCGGGGCCAACCCGCCGCCCCCAGGCCCCGAGCCGCCCGAGGGCGCCGGGGGAGCCGCCUCAGGGCCGGCCGCCGUCUCGGGCUGCUCCGCGGGGGCGGCCGCCGCGGCCAAGGCGCCGGUGAAGAAGAACCCGAAGGUGGCCAACGUGAGCGUCCAGCUGGAGAUGAAGGCGCUAUGGGACGAGUUCAACCAGCUGGGCACCGAGAUGAUCGUCACUAAGGCCGGCAGGCGCAUGUUCCCCACCUUCCAGGUGAAGAUAUUCGGGAUGGAUCCCAUGGCUGACUACAUGCUCCUUAUGGAUUUCGUCCCCGUGGACGACAAGCGAUACCGGUAUGCCUUCCACAGCUCCUCCUGGCUGGUGGCCGGCAAAGCCGACCCCGCCACCCCCGGGAGGGUGCACUAUCACCCGGACUCCCCGGCAAAAGGGGCGCAAUGGAUGAAGCAGAUCGUUUCCUUCGAUAAGCUAAAACUGACCAACAAUUUGCUGGAUGACAACGGGCAUAUCAUUUUGAACUCCAUGCACAGAUACCAGCCGCGUUUUCACGUGGUCUACGUGGACCCCCGGAAAGACAGUGAGAAGUACGCGGAGGAGAACUUCAAAACCUUCGUCUUCGAGGAGACGCGCUUCACAGCCGUGACUGCCUACCAGAACCAUCGGAUCACACAGCUGAAGAUUGCCAGCAACCCUUUUGCCAAGGGAUUCAGAGACUGCGACCCUGAGGACUGGCCCAGGAAUCACAGGCCAGGGGCCCUUCCUCUCAUGAGUGCUUUUGCUAGAUCCCGGAACCCAGUGUCUUCCCCAGCCCAUCAGAACGGGACAGAGAAAGAUGCUGCCGAGACCCGGCGGGAGUACGAGCGGGAGGCGGCCGGGGGGACUCCGCUGCACGCCGAGGCCGCGCACCAGCAGCUCAUGUCCCGCGUGCUCAGCCCCGCGCUGCCGGGCGGUGGCGGCGGCGGCCUCGUGCCCUUGGGCGGCGCGGGCGGCGGCCGUCCCAGCCCGCCCCACCACGAACUGCGCCUGGAGCCCGCCGCCUCGGAGCCCCUCCACCACCACCCUUACAAGUACCCGCCAGCAGCGGCCGCCGCCGCCUACGACCACUACCUGGGGGCGAAGAGCAGGCCCGCCCCGUACCCCCUCCCCAGCAUCCGCGGGCACAGCUAUCACCACCACCACCAUCAUCACCACAUGAACGCCGCGGCCGCGGCGGCGGCGGCAGCAGCCAACAUGUACUCCUCGGCCGCGGCGCCCGCCACCUACGACUACGGGCCCAGAUAACGCAGCCGCGCGCGCCCCGCGGGGCCGCCGACGGCGCGAGGGACUGCAGCUGCCGCGCGUGCCGCGACCGUUACCGCCCGCCUCCCCUCUUCCCGCCUUUCCCUCUCUUCCCGCCUUACGAAUGAGCUGAUUGGCCAGUUUGACCUGAUCGACAGCCGGAGAGCCCAAUCGCAGGAAGCCGCGCGCUCCGUCGCUCUCCCCACCCUACAGAGAGCCCUCAGAGCGGGCGGCGGAGACCUGAGGCGAGGGGCCGGGGGGUGCUGGGCGAUGACCGUCGCGGUGUGACCCGCAGCUGCACUUUGAUAAAUGAAGCCAUAUGUCGUUAUCUCUUUUCUCCCUACCCCCGUGCCUCCGUUCCUGCGGAUGCCUCACGAGUGAGCCGGGCACUGGGGAUAGCCGGGCCACUGGGAAGCGGUGGGAGGACGGGGUGGCGUCAGAGUGAGGUAAUUUACCCCCUUUUCACUCGUCCGCCGGGUCUUCUGGUGGAUAUUUAGUGUUUCCACCAAUUUUGGCGGUGCCGUGGGUGUUUUCCAGCCCAGUGGGACGUGUAACGUUAGCACCGGGCAGGGUGGGCUGCGGGGCUGGCCGGGAGCACUACCGGACACCAGCGGUAGGCCCUGGGGAUGGAGUGGAAUUGCGCACAUGUCGAUUUAAGUCUUUGUUUUACCUCGGGGACGCUUGGCCUCGUUCACAGUUGGCUCAGGUUGUUCUUUGAGGAGACUUUCAGAGGAAGCAGAGUUCAGCUUAAGGGAACACUUUGAAUCUUCACAGUCAGAACUGAUUGCUUCUCCCCCAGUCCUGACCUGCUUGUGAGUUUUGGGGUUUAUUGAGGCAACUUAACGACAACAGCAUUUUCCAGAGCUGUUGAAAAUAGCCCAUGGCCAAAAGCACAGGCACAUACAGCUUGUUGUGUUCACAACAAUGGAUGCUAAGGUUUAAAAACCAGCCUGGGGGGAGUAGAGGGAGAAGGUAACCUGCAAGGUUAAGGCUGUAUAUUCUCAGCAAUAGUUAGUAAACUGGCAGCUUCCCAGGCAGCUUCACAGUUCUGCCUUCCUAUAUCCUUUCCCGAGCUCUUUAUGCUCUCCUGUUGAGAGGUGCCUUUUAGAGGAACUUCAGGGUUUUUUCCCCAGAAUGCUUCACCCCUUAUAUUUGACUGACCCAAACUGCAGUAGUCCCAAAGCACCUAUUCUGCACCUACCUGCUUGCUGCAUCCUCUCUCUUAGAGUGGGUAAGUACUUCUUUUUUUUCCUUUAGAAUGGGCCUGUUCAUCACAGCUUUUUCAGUGAUGUAUUUUGAAUAGUUAGCUUGUGGGUUUUGUCAGAUGGUCACAAAGCGUCAGUCCCUUUGUGUUCAGAGAAGGUAUUGAACAGCUCCUCAGCUGUGUUGGUAUACAGUAUUAUGAACACUUUUCUGAUUCUUCCAUGUGACUAUGAAAAGAAGGGAGUUAUAUUUUUUUAAAGUCCUCUAUUCAUCCAUGUUUGUGUAUUUUCACUACAAAACUUUAAAAACCUUUAAAACCUUUUAAAACAUAAUCUUUCCCUUGAGCAGGUGGCAGUGUUAAUAGCAAAGUUUAUUCCGUCGCUGGCAGUGGGCUUUGGGCUUCCAAGACUUUUUGGAAGGGUUUAAGAAGGGAUACAGGCUAACAUGAAUAUUUUAUGUAAUUUGUUUUUCUGUUAUAAAAAAAUAUAUCUGAAUCCAUGAAAAAGACUUGUUCAAGAAAUAUGUAUUUUAUUUGACAUUUGCAGUGAAUUGUGAGAUUCUUAGUGUCUGACUAAAUCAUAAUGUUCUCAGAAAGGUUGAUGUAAAAUAGCUUUGUGCUUAUUAUUAGUCAGUGAAAAAUGGCUCAGAUGUGCUCUGUUGCUUUGCCGCUGUUAUUUCAGAGUUUUCAAUAUGAUUUGUUAUCUGUAAACUGAUUAGUGCCAAAGCUUUGGUCAAAUGUUUAAUGAAGUUGUUAUAUUUAUUAUUUCUUUCAAAGAUUAUGCAAACACUUUUUUUUCUUGAUAGUUGAAGCAUAGGAAAACAGUGAAGACAACCAAAGAAUCAUAUCUGCAAAGUGUAGAUACAUGUAGAUAUUUGUAGAUACAUGUAGAUAAUCUUAUUUCAUUUUAAUUGAAAAAACAUUGGACAGUCACAUUUAUAAAUGUUUUUCCUCUUCUUUCUUU